CCCCACCUCGCCGUGGAAGGAGAACACUAGCUGAAGCUGUCGAACCCAAUGCCCUCCAUGGCUACAUCCAUAGCUAUCAAGGUGGCGAAGAAUCCUCUCAUCUCUGCACUUCCCCGCUCCCUAACAUGGCGCGGCCCCGGAUUCCGGCUUUUCUGCAGUAGCGGUCUCGAUGUGCUAUCACCAUCACUAUCUGAGCCGGAGCUCGACAUGGAAUCGUCUGUAUACACUCACACCUUCAUUCCCGGCCGAAAGUUGCUGGAUUCCUUCAGGGAGGAGUUCGAGAUUGGUUCUCGCACCAUCACCAUUGAAACUGGGAAGAUCGCCCGCUUUGCGAACGGAUCCGUCGUCAUGACCAUGGACGAAACCAAUGUCCUCUCUACUGUUUCCUCUGCGAAAACGGAUGGCUCCCGAGAUUUUCUGCCCCUUACGGUUGACUAUCAAGAAAAACAAUAUGCCCAAGGUGUCAUCCCUACAACAUUCAUGCGAAGAGAAGGUGCUCCAAAGGAACGGGAACUUCUAUGUGGGCGUUUAAUUGAUAGACCUAUCCGCCCGCUUUUCCCUGCAGGCUUCUACCAUGAAGUCCAGGUUACGGUGAACGUUCUUUCAUCAGAUGGAAAACAAGAUCCAGAUGUCAUGGCUGCAAAUGCAACAUCUGCCGCACUUAUGCUUUCUGACAUUCCUUGGGGGGGCCCUAUUGGUAUGAUACGCGUGGGGAGGAUCGAUGGCAGAUUCGUUCUUAAUCCGACCAUGGAUGAGCUGAGCAUGAGUGAUCUUAAUUUGGUUUAUGCCUGCACUAGAGACAAGACUUUAAUGAUAGAUGUACAGGCUCGUGAGAUAACAGAAAAGGACCUGGAAGCUGCCCUAAACCUUGCACAUCCCGAGGCUGUUAAGUGCAUUGAUCCUCAAAUAAGAUUGGCUCAAAAAGCUGGAAAACAGAAGAAAGAGUAUAAAUUAUCAAUGAUCUCAGACAGGACAAUUGGGAAGAUCAAAAGUCUGGCAGAAGGACCAAUUGAGGCUAUUUUUACUGAUGCGGCUUAUGGAAAGUUUGAGCGUGGUGAAGCCUUGGACAAAAUUACACAAGAUGUAAGGGCAAAACUUGAAGAAGAAUUUGAUGAGGACAGUUUGAAAGUCUUACCAAAGGGUGUUGACAUGGUUAGGAAACAGAUUGUUCGUAAAAGGAUUAUUGAUAAAGGUCUGCGGGUUGAUGGGAGAAAACUUGAUGAAGUCAGACCCUUGCAUUGUGAAGCUGGCACCUAUCCCAUUUUGCAUGGAUCAUCAAUUUUCUCUCGUGGCGAUACUCAAGUUUUGUGUACUGUAACCAUUGGGGCUCCAGGAGAUGCACAGCGGUUGGAUUCACUUGUUGGCCCCUCAAAAAAACGCUUUAUGCUGCAUUAUUGUUUCCCACCAUUUUGUAUUAACGAGGUUGGCAAACGUGGUGGUUUAAAUAGACGUGAAGUUGGACAUGGAACUCUUGCUGAGAAGGCUUUGCUAGCUGUUUUACCACCAGAAGACGAGUUUCGAUAUACCGUUCGUGUUAACUCUGAGGUCAUGUCGUCUGAUGGUUCCACAUCAAUGGCAUCUGUCUGUGGAGGUAGUUUGGCUUUGAUGGAUGCUGGUAUACCUGUAAGAGAACAUGUUGCAGGUCUUUCAGUGGGUCUUGUCAGUGAAGUUGACCCAACUACUGGGAAUAUGAAAGAUUACCGCAUCCUUACGGAUAUACUUGGCCUUGAGGAUCACCUAGGAGACAUGGAUUUCAAAAUUGCUGGAACAAGGAAAGGUGUUACUGCAAUUCAAUUAGAUAUAAAGCCCGCCGGAAUUCCUUUAGACAUUGUAUGCGAAUGUUUGGAAACUGCCCGAAAGGGUCGUCUUCAGAUACUUGAUAGGAUGGACGAAGAACUAAGUUUGCCACGCAUGUUGAACGAUGGAAAUGCCCCACGACUAGCUACUAUGAAGUUGGAUGAUGAAUCUCUUCGCCGCUUGCUUGGCCCUCUGGGUUCGCAAAGGAAAAAAGUUGAACAAGAAACAGGAGCUAGGAUUGCAGUGAGUGAUGGGAUAGUUACCAUAGUUGCUAAAAACCAGUUAAUUAUGGAAAAAGCUCAGCAGAAGGUUGAUUUUCUAGUUGGGCGUCAAAUCCAGGUUGGUUCCAUUUACAAAGGUGUCAUUUCCUCGGUUAAAGAAUAUGGUGCAUUUGUGGAAUUCAAUGGCGGCCAGCAAGGUCUUCUUCAUAUAUCUGAGCUAUCACAUGAACCGCUAUCAAAAGUCUCUGAUGCUGUAUCUGUUGGCCAAGAACUAUCAGUAAUGUGCAUCGGUCAAGAUGUGCGUGGCAACAUUAAAUUAUCUUUGAAGGCCACUCUUCCUAAGCGUGGAUCUGAAAAAAAGAAUCUGGAAAAUAGCAGUCCAGUUUCUUCAGAUAGACAAGCUGUUAAUAUUUGGCCCACCUUAGAUGAUGUACCAAUUGGAGAAGAAAACUCAAAAUUUUCUGUUCUCAGGACUGAAUGUGAAGGCGAAAUUGAAGGCGGAAGUGUGCAAAAUUCUGCAUGUUUGACGUCAUCUGUUGUUGUUCGGAGUGCUGCUGAAUGUGAUGCCAAGGAUAAUGCCAUCUCCCGGCACGCACAUAAGAAAACUACGACAAAAUCUCUUCCCAGACCUUACAAGUCCGUCCCUUCGCAAAAAGAAAAAGUGUCAAGUAGAUCUAGAACUGGUGUUUCCUCUGAAAAAAGUAUUGCAAGUAUGCUGAAUGUUUCGUAUGCUACAAAUAAAGAAGAAUCCUUACCUCUGGAUGUAUGCAAAACUAAAUUGUCUAGCGUAACCAAUGUUAAGAUUAGUUCAUUAAAAUUGGGAGAUAGAUUUACAGCAAAGAUAUACCAGAUACGCGCACAUGGUUUGGUACUUGAACUUGCCGGAGGUGUGCGGGGAAUGUACAAAUUUGAGGUAAAUGGUAGAAAAGAUUUUGAAGCAGGAAAAGAACUUCACGUUCAGUGCACGAGCUUCUCAGCUAAGGGAAUUCCUGUUUUCUCAUUGUUGGAAGACGAAGUAAUGCAGUAAAAAAUGUCAAAAAUGGUCCCUUGACUUUUUGUCUGAUGCCAUUGUAGUCCCAGUGAGAGCUAAAAUAGUCCUAUUGUAAGAUUAUUUCAACCCAUAUUAAAGAAGUCUAGAGAUUAAUCGAAUACUUUUAUGGACUCUGAGACUAGAAUGGCCGUAUGCUAAUAGUCACGGGACUAUUUUUACAUUUUACUCCCAAGUAAUUCUGAAGAGGAAAUCCAUCUUUUGGCCAACUCCACAAGAAAGAUUAACUUUGUUUUGAAGAUUUUAUGAGAGAUGGCUCUAAGUUGGUGGUGAAAUCCUGAGUUCUUUCCUGCUAUUUGAAUGCAAGUAGAAUUCAUUGCCUGUAUAAUUUAGCCUUCUGAACAGGAAAGGAGAACCCGCGAUCGUCUUUUUUAAUUAUGUAAAUCAAUGGCUGUAGAUCUUGUUUUCCCUCUUAAACUGUAUUUUUUUUAAUUUUUUGAUUUAACUUUGUAAGUUUGAUCUUUUAAUGGAAGGCACGUGGAAUGAUUAGUUCAGCUUUUUA